AUGCCGACCGGUCGUAUUUAUUCCAUUUUUCAUAUCAUCAUUCUCUUGAAUUCGAUUGCACUUGUAAGUCUUGCAAACAUCCCCUAAGGGCACCCAAUUGUUCUCAGUAAUUUUAUUUGACUUUUAUUUCAGACAUCGCCCAUUUCCCUCGAGACGUCGCGAUUAAAGCCGGAACUUUUGACUCAGGAUCUUCUCAGGGAAUUCGAGAGGUAAAUUAAAUUGAUUCAGGGUUCAAUUGUAAAAUUACAUUACCUUUUUGAGUUUGUAAAAUAAAUAGUGUUACUUUGUAAGUUCCGUUUAAUUUCAGCCAAUGGCGAGGGAUUUACGCGAACGAAAGGGCGAUCAUAAUCCAGCAGUUGGGCAAGAUCGCCCUGUUCACGCGACUUUAUCGCCGCUUUAUCCCGUCGCCGGUCACUGGUGAAGUCGAAUUCGAAUAUUUUUUCCCCAAACCCGAGCUAGCUCUUGACAAACAAGUGCUGGUUCAUUGUUAUAAAAAUCUCGAGGUAAAUAUCUAAUUUUAUGGUAAAAAAGUGCAGUAAUCUUUUUGAGAUUUUGAAGAUCAUCUUACGAAAAGUUUUUUUUUUUGUUUUUAGACGUGCGUGAAUUUUAUAAUGGACGAUCUUUACAAACGAUUCCCUACAAUUUUUCCCACAGAAAACGCAGUUGAUGAUUUUAUCAUCGAGUAAGUCAAAUGGUGGUGUUACUAUUAAAAUUCAGCACUUUCUAAGCACUAAGUAUGGCCAAAAUGACAUUUCCCUCCUCUCUUUUCUGCCUCUGGCAUGUUUUUUGGAUAAACAAAAUCAUUCCGCACAGUGCAGCCCCAUUUGCACUCAAUGUUUUUUGGCCAUUGAACGCACAGUGCAUCCAAACUUGAAGACGAACCAGUUCAGUCGUUGCACUGUGCAGUCGAAAGAAACGGCUUUGUCGCAAGGCGUGGAAUUUGGAGUUGCCGCGGCGAGCAGAAAUUUGCGACACGCUGCUUCCAUCGCUUGAAAAUCUGCGACAAACCUCCGUCGACUAAUUUUGUCGCUCUCGAUCGUGCGAUCUGUUUGCAAAUUUGUCGCGAAAAUUGAGGUUGUCGCGGAGAUCUUCGGUUGUCGCGAAAUGGAAAUGCUUUUGGAACGAAGAUUUUUUGCGACAAAUGCGAAAAUUUUUUUGCGACGAUGUGAAAGCAAAAUUUUCGGACGAGUUGAUUUUUGGCUGCGAUUACCGCAAAAUGCACUGUGCAAUUGCACAAUCUUUUUUUUUUCUUAGGAUGCACUGUGCGGAAGAGGUUUUGUGCACUGUGCAUUUAUUGAUUUGUUCUGCACUGUGCAGUCGCAAUUGCUGCACUGUGCGUCUUACAAAAAAUUUUUGCACGGUGCGUUUUUACUUCUUCGGGAACAGUUCGAUCCUCUGCACUGUGCAUUUUUUAUUUUCAGAGGCGAAGAGUUCAAGCAAUUUGUGGAUGAUAAUACGUUUCAAUUCGACGUCUCAAUAGCGUAUGUGAUGUGCUGGAUGACCAAAAACAAAGUAAAUGCCCUCAGGUCUUUGCCUUUCUGCCAGUAUGGAGGUGAUGAGCGUUCCAAUCGGACUGUGAGUCAUCUUUUUUACAGUCAGUUGUAACGAGAUCUCUUGAAUUUAGUUCCCAGCCUCUCGAUAUCGCGAGAACAAAUUUCUGAAAGAAAUCAGCGAUCAGAACACCGAAGUGAUGGACGACAUCUCCUUCAUGAACGAUUUCCUGUGUGCUGAUAUCAGGUGGGGUCCGUUUAUUUUACUCUUUUGCCCUCCAUUUGCUUGGAUUACUCAGAGUUCAGGGUCUUAGUCGCUUAAUUUUCUCGUUUCAGUCAUUUUUUUCCAAAUUUUUAUCAAAAUUUUGCCUAAAGUAAUAUAAAUUUAUGUAAUUUUGUAUCGUUUCCUUCCAGUUUCUGCCCGAAUCCUUGCUGUGGCUUCCAUAAUAAUGGCUCCUGCUCGAGUCCCAUCUGUAAAUCGGUGAAUUCGAAGGCUUCUUGUGAAAUGAAAUCAGAUCUGAAUGACAAUAUCCUCGGAUUGGUCGCCAACAACUGGAAUGUGACCUGCGAUUGCCCCGAAGAUGGGUAUUAUUAUCGAUUUGACACGGAACAGUGUGUGGAUUUUGAUGAAUGCAAGAGAAUCAAGUGUGAGGGAGGUAAGGAGGAGGGAAAAAGUUGAUGAUUUAUCCAAAAUAAUAUCAAUUUCCGGGAGAAAAAGUCAUGGAUGACAUAAAAAUUUAAUUUCUUUUUGGUUUUGAAGGGUGAUGAGAGCAUUAUAACCCCUUAAAAAUGCCAAAAAUAAUAGAUUUUGUUUAGUACAAUAUAAAAAUUGACAAUUUUUGCCCUAAAACUGCCUUUUACACUGGUUUUAGAGGGUUACUGUUAAAAUGACGUCAUAUUUGCCCCUGGAACACUCGAACAAUAGAUCCGGGCGAGUGUAAUAUUGUUUUCAUUGCGUGUUAUCGCCUUUUUCUUAAGGUUUUUGUCUGUUAAUGAGUAAGGUUACGUGGUAAUCUAGAGAAAGCGGGGGUCUACUAUCUAAUUCUUAUCGUAUUUUACUGUGGGAAGCCUAUGAAUUCAGAAAUCCCUAGUGUAUUUUACCUCAUAACUCAUUAAUGUUUAAUAUUUAACUGGAAAGGCUUUCGAAAUCUCACGUUUUUGCUGCUUUUUACACCGAUUUGUGGCAUUAGAUAGUAUGACAAAUCAAAAAAAGUGUUAGUCACUCUGUUUCUGGAGGAUUAUCGUCCCUCCUUGCCUGAGGGUUUGUGUGCUGGGAGUAGUAUAAAGUAGUUUUAUUGUCGUCAUUCACGGUAAUCGCAGCGACAAAGGCCAUUAUUUUCUCGGGCACAAAAACAAUUUUUCUUACUAUCCUUUUUGGGAGAAUUUGGACAAUAUUUUGUUCGAGAACUACUGUAACGACAGUGUAAAUGUUACUUUUUUUAAAUUUUGUAGUUUCUGUAAAGUGUUUGAAUCCAAUUUGUGACUUUUAAAUUGUCAAUUUCCGCCCUUUUCCCUCGACUUACAGUAACCUUUUGUCCAAUUUCAUCUCCCGCCGCGUUGUCUGAGGCCGCACCCUCAGGGCAUCUAAUUUGAUUCCAAGAUUUGCGAUAAGAUUAUCUGUGGGGGAAUGUUAUAGUAGUUUAUAUAUAGGUGGUAAUUGCUUUCGAAAAUAUUCUUUAUGGCCACCUGAAAGCGGCCAAGGGCCUGGUCAAAGAAAGCGGGCCGUCCGUCCUUCGAGUACCGGCCUCUUUGGACAUUUGACCCUAAGGGAAAGGGGUUUUUUGGACAGGGUCAUCUGUCCGGCCACUCUUUUUUGACCGAUUUUAUUUUGCAGACGGAUUGGAGAUGAAUUACGGGUAAAGUACGUCGUUGGAGAUUAUUUUUAAUCCAAAAAUUCGUUUGUCCAAGCGAUUACGACCUUAUUUUAGACCCUGUCGUAGAUUUGAUACAAAAUUUUUAAAAAAAUUUGGUUCUUUGAUAGAACAAGUGAAACUUUUUGACACUCGACCUGAUAAAUAAGUUUUCCAUUCACAUGAAUUGCAUCCCACUAAAGUCGUUCCCCCUUUUUCAGCCUUCGAGGAAUGCCUGAACACAAUGGGAAGCUUCAGAUGUGUCUGUCAGUUCGGAUACACCCGGAGAGAAGGGAAAUGCCAGCCGAUCCAGCCGAUCCCAGUCCCCUUGGAUGGCCCCGCCUUGGUCUAG